CGCCCUUGCUAAAUAAAAGUAUUACAUUUCUUUUAAAAAGAGCAUUGUAUAAAAUAAAACAUGUUUUUUAUCAUUAUAUAUUAUUAUAUAUUAAUGAUAUGCAUUUAACAAGUCUUCAGAUUUUCUUUCCAUUUAAACCAAUUUUUCAGAAACUGUGUAGCAUGAAACUUAUUUAGUUUUAGUAUGACGACAAAUAAAAGCAGAUUCAUUUAUUUUGCAUAGACGAUGUCAUCACAAAAGGGGUCUUAAAAAUCUACAAAAAAAAUUUAAGUAUUAAAACGCUGGAAUCCCGAUCACACAAUCGCAUCACAAUAAAAUAGAUUUUGCUAGUUUUUUUUUUUAAAUACGCGAUUUACUCUUUUAAGUCAGAUUUAUGGCCUUAGAGUACAUUGAACAUGUAUAACCUAUAGGUGUGUAUAUGCGUUUAUGAGGUAAAAGGUUGAACUUUGAAAGUCAGAAAGAACUUGUACAUACAGGAACCCGUCUAGGGCCAAACAUGUUUGGUUACUCUUCUACUUUGUGUUAUCUGUCCCGUCCCACUCAUAAUUGCUCUUGUAAACAAAAAGUCCUGCCUUUGUCCCACUCAACAGCUAAGCAGAAAGUCCAUAAUUAUGCCUCAAAAUCAUUAAUUUACACAUAAUCCCCUCCCCUUUCACAUCCAUAAUGAGACAUAAACUCCCGCACACUAAUCCACCCUGAGUUCAGAGCUCUGUUCCUCACAGUAACACCCCACCGGCCCGGACGCUGGACCAGCUUUAGGACACAGCAGGUACAAGCACAGAGGUUAACCAAGGGAUUCCAGAGGGAGCACGAGCCGAGGCAUCUCUUCCUGGGCUACAUGGAAAAGUUUGCGCUUCGAGCGGUUUAAAACUGGACCUUCUAAUCCAGUUUGAACCUGAAGUGAAUUUGUACCCGAAAGCCUGAGGAAUUUCAGAGCUGAUUAUACAACAAGGCAUAACAGCUUCUCUAUUUACUUCUUUUUAAAUUUUCUUUCUAGUUCCAUUUUAUUUAGGAAGAAAAUUCAGGAUAUCCUUCUAGCCACAACAGAUAAAUUUUUACAACUGACCCGCACCUCAAGGCAGAACAUUGGGUUGUAAACGCUAUUCAUCACGUGAAUUGUGAUACCUGUGGUAGUCCCUGUUGUCGCUGAGUUCUGAGCCAUGGCUUUUUCUGACCUGCUGGAGCAGGUUGGCAGCACGGGCCGCUUCCAGGUCCUGCAUGUCACUCUGUUGAGUAUGCCCAUCCUGAUGAUGGCCAGCCAUAACCUGCUGCAGAAUUUUGUGGCCGCUGUUCCGUCGCACCACUGCGCCCCCCACGCCAAUAUUUCAAUGUCCUCCAUGAGUGCUGGGGACGUGCUGCGGGCCACUGUGCCCUUGGGCACAAACGGCAAACCGGAGCGCUGCAGGCGCUACACACAUCCUCAAUGGCAGCUUCUGAGCAGCAAUAGUUCAGAGAGCCUAUGGGAAGAGGGUGCGGGAGAGAUGGACAUGCAGAGUUGUAAAGAUGGAUGGUACUACAACAUGACAGAAAUGACUUCAACCAUCAUCACUGAGUGGGAUCUGGUUUGUGACCAGCGUGCCUUAAAGCAAAUGGGUCAAACUACCUAUAUGGGAGGCGUCCUUGUAGGAGCAGUCAUUUUUGGGGGACUUUCCGACAGGUUUGGUCGGCGUAUUUUAUUGUUGAUCUCUAACCUGAUGAUGGCGGUUGGAGGAACGUGUGCCGCCUUCUCCACCUCCUUCACCAUGUUUUGCGUUUUCCGCGUUUGCUGCGGCAUGGCCCUGUCUGGUGUGGUGCUUAAUUCCUUCUCUUUAAUUGUGGAAUGGAUCCCCACGCGUGUGCGGACGGUGGUGGGCACAGGAACGGGUUACUGCUACACCACGGGCCAGCUGAUCCUGGCAGCCGUCGCUUACUGCAUCAGAGACUGGCGCUGGCUCAUGCUGGCCGUCUCCCUGCCUUUCUAUGUGUUCUUCCUCUACUCGUGGUGGUUCUUAGAGUCUGCUCGGUGGCUGGUCCUGACCAAGAGAUCAGAACAGGCAGUAAAAAACCUCCAAACGGUGGCUCGCAUAAACGGGAGGCACGCAGAAGCUGACAAAAUCAACCUUGAGAUGUUGCAAGAGUCCAUGAACAAGGAGAUGGCCUCUUCAAAGGGCUCUUACAGCGCUUUGGACCUCCUGCGAACAUCCACAAUGAGAACCAUCACCGUGUGCCUCAGCGCAGUCUGGUUCUCAACCAGCUUUGCCUACUACGGCCUAUCCAUGGAUCUGCAGAAAUUUGGGGUCAGCAUUUACCUUAUCCAGAUCAUCUUCGGAGCGGUGGACAUACCAGCCAAAAUCUUGGUUACGAUAUCCAUGAGCAUGUUAGGACGAAGACCAUCUCAGUGCGGAGCUCUUGUACUGGCUGGCAUAAUGAUACUCAUUAAUCUUCUGGUGCCUCAUGACCUGCAAGUGUUACGCACCAGUCUGGCGGUGAUAGGGAAGGGCUGCCUGGCCGCGGCCUUCAACUGCGCUUACCUGUAUUCAGGAGAGCUGUAUCCCACAGUCAUCCGUCAAAAUGGAAUGGGAUGGGUGUCCAUGAUGGCACGGUUUGGAGCGAUGGUGGCCCCCAUGGUGCUUCUUCUUGGGGAGGAUUUCCCAUGGCUGCCUGGUUUUAUCUAUGGAGCAGCUCCAAUUCUCAGCGGGAUCUUUGCCUUCUUUCUCCCAGAAACCCUCGCACAGCCUUUGCCUGAUACUAUCCAGGAUGUGGAUGACAGAGGUUUUGCGUGGAAGAAAGCCAAAACACUACCUGAAAAAGAGGAUUUGGCCAAGAAGGAUCCCAGUAGUUUCCCUCUAAAAGAGUCUGUCUGAAAUGGUCCCUUAACUUCAUCUGAACACAGUACUGGAACACACAAAUAGAGAUUAUCAUUGCCAUACAGAAGUAUAGUGUUAUUAUGAAAACAAAGGUUACCAAAGGUUAUGAAGGAGUUACCUUGAAUAUUGAAUGAUAAAUGGUGCAGAGUAUUUUUUUCUGACUGUAAUAAAUAUGUUAAAAAUAUUUACUUGUACAAAAGUGAGAAAUAGUGCCUUAAAUGGAGCUUUCUGCUCUUUAGAAAAAUUGUACUGUUUUGUAUGAUAUAUAUAUGCGUGUUGGGUUUUUCUUGUUUUAUUACAUGAAUGAUACAAACAAUAAAGCAACAGUGAACACAAACUGUAAA